GGGGUGAAAAAAAUUUGUGUCAAUUUAGCCUCAAAUUGGUAAGUUACUUUGGCAACUAAGUACACCUGGACUUGCAGGUGGGAGAGAGGGGUGGGUCAAUUUAAACUCAGUUUGAUAUAUUACUUUGAUGAGACAGUUUAUGAAUUUAUAAUGACGACAAAGCAAAAGUUAAGCGUAGACGGACUGAUAGUUCCAGCAUUUUUGCCUUUUCAAACCUUAACGGACGCCCGAAAACGAAUUGCAGAUAUUGUGAAUUUACCCACGAGGAAAGAUGACGUUUUUGUUAUUUCCUAUCCAAAAUCAGGAAACCAUUGGCUGAAUGCAAUCGUGCCCCGCCUUCAAAAUUCAUGUUUGGACACACCUCACAAACUGUCAGAAAAAUUCCUGGAGUUUAUACCAGAUCUUCAGGAAUUGGAGACUGUUCCUUCGCCUAGAAUAAUGGGAUCUCAUCUUCCAGUUAAAUAUAUUCCAAAAGAAAACAAAGGAAAAAUUAUCCAUUCCGUUCGUAAUCCGAAAGACAUUGUAUUGUCUGCUUUUCAUCAUUACACAACCGAUCCAUAUGUGAAGGACUACGUGCAUCAUGACUGGCCCAGUUUCGUGGACGAUUUCCUACGUGGGGGCUAUCUAUUUUUUAUAGACUGUUACUAUGGAAGUUGGUUUGAAAGAGAGAAAGAGUGGGAAGAGGCAGCACGACAAAAUCCCGAAAAGAUUUUGAUUGUUUAUUAUGAAGAUCUUAAGAAAAAUGGGAUGGAGACGAUGAGACAGAUAUCCAAUUUUCUUGGAACCUCGUCUGAUCCUAAAUUUCUUCAGGCUGUUUAUGAUGAAUGUACCUUUGCGAAAGAAAAAGAAAGAGAAAAGGAUACAAUGUGGAAGUUUAUCUAUAGAAAAGGAGAGGUUGGUGAUUGGAAAUCGAUGUUAAAUGAGGAACAGAAUAAGAAGUUUGAUCAGGUCUUCAAUGAAAAAAUGAAGGGUUCAAAAUUAAAGAUUCAGUGGAAUUAA